CCAGUUCCUUUCUCCUUAGUAGUAGGAGAAAUUGACACCACGCUGAGCUUGUAAUCUCUUCCUAGAACUAACAGCAAAUCCUUCCUUCCACUUCUUCCUCUUUGUCGAUGUUCUCCCAGUCACUGUUGGGAUGGUCAAUCAAAAUCCCUCCACUUUGGCCGAUCGAUCGAGCGGUGGUCACUGUAAAAUGGGGCGUGCCAAUUCGAAAGUGGAGAAUCUGGUGAAUCAUCAGCGUUGGAAUCUUGUCCUUCUCUCCCCGUCUGUCAUCCACGCGUCUCGUCCACAAGAGCGUUUUAGGUGAAACAGGAAGGGAAAUAAAAGAAAAUGUUCUCCACAGGAUUAGGGUUCUUCACUCCCAUCGCGAGGAUCUAUUGCGCCACAGGCGAGGCGCGCUACAAGACAAUGGCGAUGGCGUCACAGCAGCAUCACUUUGGCGCCCAGCCAUAUUCACGAGGUAUCAAAAGAUUCUCUUCUUCGCAUUGAUGGCGCCAGCGACGAUGCGCCUCUGGAGCAGGACCCAAUCCGAGGCCUCUUGUUAAACACCAUCCUGUUUCAAUCCGAGCUCCCGGAGUUUGUUUCUAGCGGGAGCAACUGCGAAACGAUGCCUUCGAUUCUUGAUGAAGCAGAACUUUUCGGGGUUCUUCACGGCCACUCCAGUGAUGCUCAGCUUGAUCUUCACGGUGCUCUACGUGCCGGCAUUCGAGGACCUCUCUUUCGAUGAGCAAGCUUUCCGCGAGUUAACGCCGCACGCAGUGUUCCAGAUCUUCAUGUUUAGCGUCUCGCUCUGUACGGGACUAGAACCCGAGGUCUCGCCCAUCUCUCCGUACACUAUGGUUUUCGCCAACGUCAAUGCUCUCUUGGCACAGCUCUUGUUCGCCUUUCUCAGUGGCGCUGUGUUUUCACGAACCUCGCAACCAUCGCGGCCGAUAUGAUGCUCGUCGAUGGCGAUCAUAUCUCGAGAAAGAUCAAUCUUUCAGAGUGCUCAUGGGACCACAACCGUGCGAACUGGUUGAUCUCAAGGUUGAGCUCACCUUGAAAUACACUUUGCUAUCAAAGUCGGGGAAAUACUUUUGGGGAAUGGAACCUCUCAAGCUCGUUCGCAAGGGAUACUUUUAUCUCAAAUAUGGAAUGCUUGUGAAGCAUGUAAUAGACGAGAAGAGCCCACUCUACCAGCGAUCUCCGGAGAUGCUGAUCAAAGAAGACGCGAUCAUCUCCCUCGGAGUGGUUUCCUCCUCAUUAACAAGAACACGAGCGUUUACAUUGUCGAUCAGACAAUAGGUUUUGAGUGGAAAAUUUUCUAGGAUCGUGCGUCAUCUUUUUCUUCGUUGGAGUCCCAGCCUCAAUCAAACUGGAAGUUCUCACCGAUUACAAGGUAUCAUUGGAAAGUGGAGAAUCUGGUGAAUCAUCAUCGAUGGAAUCUUCCCUCCCCUUCUCUCCUCCACGCGUCUCGUCCACAAGAGCUUUUAGGCAGCGAGGAUGGAUGGACAGAAGAGAAAUACGAGAAAAUGCUGUCCACAGGAUUAGGGUUCUUCACUCCCAUCGCGAGGAUCCAUUGCGCCAGGGCGCCGCCGACGAGGCGCGCUAGGAGAAAAUGGCGAUGGCGUCACAAGAUCGUCACUUUCGCGCCCAGCCAGAUUCACGAGGUAUCAAAAGAUUCUCCUCCUCGCAUUGGCGAUGGCGAUGGCGAUGGCGAUGGCGCCGGCGACGAUGCGCCUCUGGAGCUGGAGCUCACGCAAUCCGAGCUCCCGGAUAUUGUUUCUAGCGGGAGCUACCAGGUCUUGCAAGACGAUGCCUCCAUCGUCUCGGAUUUCUACACAUUCUUGGUGAAGCAGGACUUUUCGGGGUUCUUCACGGCCAUGGUUGCGGCUCCAGUGAUGCUCAGCUUGAUCUUCACGGUGCUCUACGUGCCGGCAUUCCGGGACCUCUCUUACGAGGAUCACGCUUUCCGGGAGUUAACGCCGCUCGCGCUGUUCCAGAUCUUCAUGUUUAGCGUCUCGCUCUGUACGGGACUAGAACCCGAGGUCUCGCCCAUCUCUCCGUACACAAUGGUUCUCGCCAACGUCAAUGCUCUCUUGGCACAGCUCUUGUUCGCCUUUCUCAGUGGCGCUGUGUUUUCGCGACUCUCGCAACCAUCGCGGCCGAUAAAAUGCUCGUCGAUGGCGAUCAUAUCUCGAGAAAGAUCAAACUCUUCACGAUCUUUCAGAGUGCUCAUGGCUAGAUUCGUUUUAACGGGACCGCAACCAUGCGAACUGGUUGAUGUGAAGGUUGAGCUGACCUUGAAAUACACUGCUCUAUCAAAGUCGGGGAAAUACUUCCGAGGAAUGGAACCCCUCAAGCUAGUUCGAAAGGGAUGUUUUUAUCUCAACUAUGGAAUGCUUGUGAGGCAUGUAAUAGACGAGAAGAGUCCACUCUACAAUCGAACUCCGGAGAUGCUGAUCAAAGCAGACGCAGCCAUCUCCCUUGGAGUGGUUGGUCUCGAAAGAUCAUCCAUGCAACCGGUUUUCCACGUCCAGGAAUACUGUGCACGCGAGGGACACAUUGUCUGGGACGCGAAAUUCAACGAUAUGAUCCUCAUUAACAAGAACAAGAGCGUACGCAUAGUUGAUCACUCUCGGCUAAGCUCGUGGACUAGACAAUAGAUUUUGCUACCGGGAAGUUCUCUGAGAUAACUAGCAUCUAAAGUUAGAGCCGAGAGGAAAAGUUUUCUAUACCCGAGAUCACGCUGAGUCUUCCUCGUCAUCACCACUGUCGUCAGCGAUGAGCUCGCGUCUCUUGUUUCCUCGGUCGAACAGAUGAAGCCACCAGAUCUUUUUCUUCCUUGGCUGCUCGAAUUCCACACCUUCGAAUUUCAGCUUGGAGUCAAAGUAGCGAGUGCCGUAAGCGCCGCCCAGCCCCCAGCCAAGUCCUACACCAACGCCGCAGCCUCCACCUAGGAAGAUCAAUAAAAAAUCACUGAUUCUCAGCGUGGAA